AUGCUACCAGACAAUGAUACACAAAUUUCAGAAUUUCUUCUUCUGGGAUUUUCGGAGGAGCCAGAACUGCAGCCUCUCAUAUUUGGGCUCUUCCUCUCCAUGUACCUGAUCACUGUGUUUGGAAACCUGCUCAUCAUCCUGGCCAUCAGCUCAGACUCCCACCUCCACACACCCAUGUACUUCUUCCUCUUCAACCUGUCCUUGGUGGACAUCUGUUUCACCUCCAGCACCAUCCCAAAGAUGCUGGCGAACAUCCUGACACAGAACAAAGUUAUAACCUAUCAAGGCUGCAUCACACAAAUGUAUUUUUUCCUACUCUUUGCAGGUUUGGAUGUCUGUCUCUUAACUGUGAUGGCCUAUGACCGCUUUGUGGCCAUCUGUCACCCCUUGCAUUACACAGUCAUUAUGAACCCCCGGCUCUGUGGACUGCUAGUUCUGGUGUCCUGGAUUAUGAGUGUCCUGAAUUCCUUGUUACAAAGCUUAAUGGCUUUGCAGAUGACUUUCUGUACAGUCUUAGCAAUCCCCCACUUUUUCUGUGAACUCAAACAGAUAGUCCAACUUGCCUGUUCUGACACCUUUUUAAAUAACAUCGUGAUGUAUUUUGGGGUUGGGCUGCUAGGUGGUUGUCCUCCAGCUGGUAUCCUUUACUCUUACUCUAAGAUAUUGUCUUCCAUAUGUGGAAUCUCAUCAACUCAGGGGAAGUAUAAAGCAUUUUCUACCUGUGCGUCUCACCUCUCAGUUGUCUCUUUAUUUUACUGUACGGGCCUAGGAGUGUACCUCAGCUCUGCUGCUACCCACAGCUCUCAGUUAAGUGCAGCAGCCUCAGUGAUGUACACGGUGGUCACACCCAUGCUGAACCCUUUUAUCUACAGUCUCAGGAAUAAAGACAUAAAAGGGGGUCUAAAAAGAGUUUUUGGGGUGGAGGCUAUAAAAAGACCUAUCAAUUUGGAAUUAAACAAGUGCCCAUGA